AUGGCGUCUCCAGCUCAGCAACUUCCUCCAGGAUGGGCAGCAGAAUGGGAGCAGACUCACCAAAGGUAUCUUUUUAUUGAAACCGCGACGGGACACACGCAAUGGGAGCCGCCUACGGAACCCAGUGCUCAAAUGCAGCAACCGGCAAUGGAUAGUCCGCCAAUUGGCGCGGCACCAGCUCACCAUUCUAAACGACGUCAGUAUGCUGCUGGCCAGACUCAGGCGUAUUAUGGGAGUGCCGAAGAGCCUUCUAUGCUUCAGCCUAUGUCACAGCCUCCGCAACAAGCUGGAAUGGAGCCGCAACUUUUUACGCCUGGAUUAGCUGCUCCGUCCUUCGCAAUGCAACAGCAAGGUCAAACUCAGCCUCCGUAUUAUGACCCAAACCAGGCCCAGCAGCAGCCAGACUAUAUCAAUAGUCAACAACAGCAGCCUGCAUACGGCCAACCAAAUCCCAACGCUCUUGCUGAUCAAUUCAGUCAAAUGGGAUUAGGCGGACAGAGGUCAUUUUCGCUUCAAACAGCCAAUCUUCUCACAUCUCCUCCCGAUCCUCGCGAGCUUUCCCUUCCUCCACCGGAAAUACGGCUUCCUCCUAAUGCUACAGUCACCCCUUCUCAGUUCGCCAACGCUGACCCGUCCUACCAGAGGUCAACCUUAAACGCGUUCCCCAACACCUCGUCCUUGCUGUCUAAAUCCAAACUACCUUUGGCGUUGGUUAUCAGCCCUUACCGCACAGUAUCUGAGAACGAGCCUCAAGUUCCCCUCGUUACUGACACUGUCAUUGCACGGUGUCGUCGUUGCAGAACCUACAUCAACCCAUUCGUGCAAUUCAUCGAUGGUGGUAACCGAUGGCGAUGCUGUAUGUGCAACUUGAGUAAUGAGGUUCCGCAGAUGUUUGACUGGGACCAGACCCGUAAUCAACCUGGAGAUCGCUGGAGCCGAGCCGAACUCAGUCACGGUACGGUCGAGUACGUUGCACCAACCGAGUAUAUGGUUCGACCCCCUCAACCUGCUGUCUACGUUUUCCUGAUCGAUGUCAGCCAUACCGCGGUUCAGUCUGGAAUGGUGGCUACUGCUACGCGUACUAUUCUCGAAAAUCUUGAUCGCAUCCCAGACGAAGACGAUCGAACCAAAAUUGCCAUUGUUUGCUUUGAUGUUUCUCUGUAUUUCUUCUCUCUCCCUCCGGGUCAAUCCGAACCUACGAUGUUGGUCGUUUCCGAUGUCGAUGAUGUCUUCCUGCCGAAACCCACUGACCUUCUUCUCAAUCUUGCGGAAGCACGCUCCGGCGGUGGACUGCAGAGUUUGCUUACCAGAAUCAAUGACAUGUUCAAAGAAAACAGCAUCAUUGGUAGUGCACUGGGACCGGCUUUACAAGCUGGUUUCAAACUCAUGGUACCGAUUGGAGGUAAAAUCAUUGCGCUAUCGUCAAGUCUUCCUAGUAUCGGUGUCGGAGCGUUGAAAAACAGGGAGGAUCCUAAAAUUUUAGGGACUUCCAAGGAGUCUGGCCUUUUGCAAGCUGCUUCGCCCUUCUAUAAGACGUUUGCCAUUGAAUGCUCCAGGGCCCAAGUCUCGGUGGAUAUGUUCUUGUUCAGCAGUGCAUACCAGGACGUCGCGAGCUUGUCAUGCUUGCCUCACUACACGUCCGGUCAAACAUAUUAUUACCCUGCUUUCAAUGCCGCACGGACUGAAGACGCGCUUAAAUUCGCGCACGAAUUUGGGGAAGUCCUCGCAAUGCCAAUAAUGUUGGAAGUCAUCAUGCGUGUGCGCGCUUCAAGGGGACUACGUAUGUCGUCCUUCCACGGCAAUUUCUUCGUGCGGUCGACCGAUCUAUUGGCUAUGCCCACUGUCGCAACAAAUCAAGGAUACGCCAUCGAAAUUCAGAUUGAGGAAACCAUCAAUACGCCUUUCGUUGUUUUACAGACGGCGGUAUUACACACCACUUGUUAUGGCGAACGUCGGAUCCGAGUCGUUACGAGUGCCUACCCCGUCACUUCCAACCUUUCCGAAGUUUUUGCCUCUGUUGACCAGAUCGCACUUGCUGUUCUACUCGCAAAUAAGGCUGUAGAACGAACGUUGUCCCACAAACUCGAAGAUGCCCGUGAUGCCGUAUUUAACAAGCUCGUAGAGAUCCUUCAGACGUACAAGAGUAGUAUGACUGCCGCGGGUGCGGGAGCUAGUGCUCAGUUGGCCAUUGGAGAGAAUAUGAAGAUGUUACCUGUGCUGGUUUUGGGUUUGUUGAAGAAUGUUGGUAUAAGGCAAAGCGCACAAAUUCCCCCAGACAUCAGAGCGUACUCGCAAGCUCUGUUGACUUCGUUGCCUGCUCAACUGUUGAUUCCGUACAUAUAUCCAUCGUUUUACUCGCUCCAUAACAUGCCUCCUGAGGCUGGAACCGUAGGUCCAGACGGUGUAAUCAUGCCGCCACCGCUGCCGCUCACAUCGGAACGAUUAGAGAGACAUGGCCUGUUCCUCAUCGAAGAUGGUCAGACUAUAUUCUUGUGGGUCGGUCGUGAUGCAGUACCUCAGCUUAUAAUGGAUGUAUUCAAUCUCCCGAGCUAUGAUGUGCUGAGAGGUGGAAAGACUACUCUUCCUGUGCUUGAAAACUCCUUCUCUCAGCGAGUCAAUGCUAUUGUUCAGAAGACCCGUGAGAUGCGCCGCGGAGUAUAUUAUCCUCACCUCUACAUUGUCAAGGAAGACGGAGAACCACCUCUUAGACUUUGGGCUCUGUCUGCUUUGGUACAAGAUCGUGCGGAUGUGCUUCCAAGUUACCAACAGUUUAUUUCGUCGCUCAAGGAGAAGGUUAACGGGAAUGGUGGCUAUUAG